AUUACGCGUAGGCAUCAAAAAAAAAAAAAAACCAAGGCCAUCUCUCGCUCUCUCUCUUUACCAUGGCGCCAAUUCGGAUGAUAGAUAUCGCAGUCAACUUCACAGAUGGCAUGUUUAAAGGCAUUUAUAAUGGCAAGCAACAUCACGUUUCUGAUAUUGCCACUGUUUUGAGUCGAGCUUGGAAUGCUGGUGUUGAUCGAAUUAUCGUAACGGGCGGUUCCCUUGAGGAGUCAAAGGAAGCUCUUGCUAUUGCAGAAACGGAUGGGAGGCUUUUCUGCACGGUUGGUGUGCACCCAACUAGAUGUAAGGAGUUUGAAGAGAGUGGAGAUCCUGAAAAACAUUUUCAAGCUCUUUUGGCAUUGGCUAAAGAGGGAAUUCAAAAAGGGAAGGUGGUGGCAAUUGGUGAAUGUGGAUUGGAUUAUGACAGGCUUCACUUUUGCCCACCAGAAAUUCAAAAGAAGUAUUUUGAGAAGCAGUUUGAAUUAGCUUAUGCCACAAAGCUGCCUAUGUUUCUGCAUAUGCGUGCGGCUGCUGAAGAUUUCUGUGAAAUUGUGGAACGAAAUAUUAACAAGUUCAUUGGUGGGGUUACUCAUUCAUUUACUGGUAGUGCUGAAGACUGUGAUAAGCUUCUAUCAUUUCAUAACAUGUAUGUAGGUGUAAAUGGAUGCUCACUGAAGAUGGCUGAAAAUCUUGAUGUUGUGAGGGGCAUACCUGUUGAAAGAAUGAUGAUUGAGACUGAUUCUCCAUAUUGUGAAAUCAAGAGUACUCAUGCUGGGAUUAAUUUUGUGAAAUCCUUAUGGCCUUCUAAGAAGAAAGAGAAGUAUGAUCAAGAAAGUCUUGUUAAAGGACGUAAUGAACCUUGUUUAGUGCGGCAAGUUCUUGAGGUGGUAGCUGGCUGUAAAGGAAUCAGUGACAUUGAUCAGCUGAGUGCGACAUUGUACCAGAACACCUGCAGGGUUUUCUUCCCUCAUGAUUUGGAUUCUGCAGCAGAUGCUCUUCUUGCUGGUCGGCAUGAAAGUGAAUGAAAAAGGUUUAUGCUAUUUAGAUCCUUCGUUGCUCCUUCACAUUGAGAAGCCACAAGUCGAGUUUUUUAAAUGAAAAUGAGCAUUAGACAUUGGAAUGACAUUGGAAUGGAAUCCAUUGAAGUCACCUGCAUAUUUGUCUUGUAUUUUGCUUUUAUAUUGAUUAUGUAAUCACUCAAUUUGGAAAGGGAAAUGCUCAUGAAGUUCUAUUUUCUCAUUGUCUAUAAACUUCUUUGCCAUAUCA